AUGGCCACAGCUCUGUUUGGUUAUGUCACUGCGAAUCCAAUAUCUGCAAAGAGUAACAAUGUCUCACCAAAUAAUGCAAGAAAAUUAAGCACAGACCCCACUGCUCAGAUUUUCAUCCUUGAUCCUUAUAAAUCCCAAAAGACGGCAAUGGUUAUUCGAUCGCUCCACAUUACCCGUGAAGAGAUUCUUGAUGCUCUCCUUGAAGGAAAAAUGAGUCUUGAUCUUGAAACUUUAGAAAAGCUUUCAGAUAUUGCACCAACAAAAGAAGAAGAAGAACAGAUCUUAGCAUUUAACGGCAACCAGACGAAACUAGCUGAUGCAGAAUCUUUCAUAUACCAUCUCUUGAAAUCAAUUCCAUCUCCAUUUGCUCGUGUCAAAGCCAUGCUUUUUCGAUCCAAAUAUGAUUCCAAGAUCUGUUACUUGAAAAUGUCAUUGCAAACACUUGAGUUAGGUUGCAAUGAGCUGAGAACUGAUGGAGUAUUCUACAAACUUUUUGAAGCCAUAGCUACAACUCAAGGUACUACUACAACAGAAUUCAAUCUGAAUGAAUUACGAAAUCUAUGCAAUAUGAAAAAUGACAAUGAAUGCACACAUCAACUUGACGCUAUCGUGGAACAAGUGAUUAUAAACCAAGGUAAGCGUUCUAUAACCAGACAAUCUCAAGCCCUCAAAGGCAGAAAUGGAACUAGUCGAAAAUCAGAAUCAUCUCUAAGACAAAGGGAUGACCAUGAGUACAGGACUUUAGGAUUACCAGUGGUUGAAGGUCUAUGCAAAGAACUUUCCCAUGUUAAGAAAGCUGCUUAUAUAGAUUACACUGCUGUUGAAAGAACUUGUUUUUCUCUUAAAGCUGGUUUUGUCGAAAUUAGAGAACUCUUUAUAGAGAAUACUAAUGAUGGAAAUAAGCUAGAAGAUGACGGGUUUGUGAAGACAAUGAUAAGAUUUUUGUAUAGAGCUGAAGAGGAUGUAAAAAUUGUGAAAAAAGAUGAAAAAAGAGUCAAAGAACUUGUUAAGAAAACAAGAGAGAUUUACUUUCAAAAUCAAGAGAUUAUCAUUUCUACUGCUUCUUCAGAUGGUGAUCAUCAAAAUUUACUUCAAGUAUUUGUCAUGGUUAGAGAACUUAUAAGGAUGGUCGAUCAAAUAUGCACUGAUAUUGCUGGAAAUUUGAAGAAAAUGGAGACGGAUGGGUUAAGGUUCCAGAGAUUGAGCUCCAUACUUUGA